CAUGACCAAAUCACGACAAAGGAUCUUUUGAACGCUUCCGGGCGAAAACUUUCCCCACUGAGCUGGUGCCAGUGUUCCAGCGUCUUCCCUGGAAAGAACACGCGCCAGUGAAUGAUGUGCGUUCUCUCUAGUGCUUCAUACCCAGCCGGUGCAUUUCCCAGCGUAACUGGAGCACUCCACAACCGAGCCAAGGAUUUGUCAGCGCGCGCUAACUUGAGAAAAUGAGAAAUCAAACUGGGGAGUGAUUGUUCUGUGCUUCUGAACGGACUUAUGUUCUUUUGUUUCGACCGGGCUUCUCGAAUCCUUGUAAACAUGGGGUUAUCCCGAAAUGAAACUGUAAUCUGGACAGAGGAGCAUAUGGACACGAACCAAACGACAGACACCUUUGGUCCGGAGACAGUGAUUGUGCCCGUCAUAUUUGGAUGUAUAUUUUUCUUGGGAAUCGUUGGAAAUACUCUAGUGAUGGUUGUCAUUGGGAAAAUAAAGUCAAGGCGCUCGAGAAGUACCACUAACAUUUUCAUCAUAAAUCUCAGCAUAGCAGAUUUAUCUUUCCUCCUGUUUUGCGUCCCGUUUCAGGCCACCAUAUACUCACUUCCCGAGUGGAUCUUCGGGGCGUUUCUGUGUAAAUUUGUGCACUAUUUUUUUACGGUCAGCAUGCUGGUGAGCAUUUUCACGCUCGUGGCCAUGUCCGUGGACAGGUACAUUGCCGUGGUGCUCUCCAAAAAGUCCCCGUGUAUUCGUAACCGGAGGAAUGCGCUCAUUGGCGUUUGUGUUAUUUGGAUGCUUUCCUUUAUCUUUGCAGUCCCGGUGGCGCAGCACCAAAUUUUGACGGAUCACCCUAAGGCUCCCAAUAGCACGUUCUGCUGGGAGAUUUGGACCGAACGGGUGGCCAAGCACACUUAUAAAGUGACCAUUCUCGUGAUAGGGUAUCUGUUACCGCUGGUUUUGAUCACAUGCUGUUAUGCCAAGGUAUUAUAUCAUCUUCAUAAAAAAAUGAAAAAUAUGUCCAAGAAGUCUGAGCGGUCAAAGCGAAAGACGGCUCAGACGGUGUUGUUGGUUGUCGCUGCGUUCCUCAUCUGCUGGAUGCCGCACCACAUUAUUGCUAUGUGGGUGGAGUUCGGCCAGUUUCCCUUGAAUGAUGCUUCCUUUGCGUUUCGCAUCAUCUCUCACUGCCUGGCCUAUGGAAACUCCUGUGUCAACCCCAUUCUUUACGCUUUCCUCUCGGAAAACUUCAGAAAAGCCUGCAAGCAGGUCUUCACUUGCCGUUUUUUUUUUUACUCCCCUCCGCCUGUGGAGAAAGUGGUGCGCAUUCGCAUGGAGAACUUCUCCAUGACACAUUCCACUACUAACAUGUGACUCAAAACAUUUUGGAGAUAUCAGCACUGUUUAAAAAAUUGGGCAAACAUUUGUGUUGUUUCUGGAUCAUAGCAUAGUGUAUGACUCACAUUCAAGAAGGUUUGAAUAACAUGGAUAGUAAAAAAGAAAAAGCUACCUUGAGAAUUAAAAAUCCUAUAAUAUCUCAAUCCAUGUAUACCAAAGGCAUUUGCUUAGGAAAAAAAAGUGUGAACUAUUUAAGUGUAAAUAGUGUUUGUCAUUGAAAUGUUGUUUUAUUACAUUUUGUAUGUUCAUUGUUUAAUGUGUAUUUAAUGUUAUUGAAAAUAACUCAAACAUAAGUGUUCAUUUAAAAAUAUAAUUAUUAUAUGAUAGUUUUUGAAUAUGUUUGAAAGAUUCACUCUAAAAGAAGUGAUUCUUUUGAAUGUGUG